UUCUGAGGAAGAUCUCAUGGGAGCCACACUGGGGAAAUAGUCUGAGAGCGAUCGCUACGAUCACCAGAGCUCAGUUUAUCUGUGAGCCCAGAGCUGUGCGCACCGGGCACGAGACUUUUCCUCCGUCUUUCGCGGGCCUUCUCUAUCUUUGUUCAAAGUGGCCACGAUCGUGCUCCCUAGCACAAACUGAUCAGUUGCUCUUGUGUCGCCAAAGUGUUUGUCACGCUGCCCUCGAAGACUCCUCAUGGACUUCCCAGCACUUUUGGUGAUCGCGGAUGGAUUUAUGUGAAGUGUUAUUUCUUCUGCCAAUCUACGGAUUAGCUACUUAAUUUCAGAAAAAAGAAGAAUUUCUAAGUGGUUUUUUGUGACUCUGUUAAUUUACUUUUUCAGAUAUUCGUAAAACUAUCAGAAAAACAGAGGAAAAAGCGCAAUACUUGUGCAUGAAGAAUAAAUGGUGUGUGAAAAGUCAUACAAUCCAGUAAUUUAGCAAAAACGAUUUGUUGGAAGGAGCAACUAUAGAACCUUAUAAACUCAUAAAAUAUAAAUAUUUAAUAAAUUAAGUGUGUAAAGUGUAAUUUAUAUAUUGCUAAAAUGAUCAUAACACAUCAAAUUAUUUCCAUGCUUUCAACGUUUCUGGCGUUCACAACAUUUAUUGGAAGCACGUGUGGCAUAAGAGUAGAUUGGAACACAAACAAGGGUCCUAUUGUUCCGCCUACAUCAACAAAACCUCCAGUACCCAAGCUCCCUUACCGAGAUCCAGCACCUGUUUGGGAGGAUCAGUCUAAUGAUAUCCCCAAUCCAAACCCUUAUGUAUACGUCCUUCCACCUCCAGCUAGGCCACCCUACAACCGACACAACUACAAACAGAGGUCAACAGAGAAGCCUGAACAACCUACAAAGGCGCCAAACUAUGGUACCAUCGUCAGUCCUCAGCAAAAUGAGAUUCCACAUGAUGAUCAGUAUGUGAAACCAGUUGCGCAUCUGGCUGUUCAGUACGUUCCAAAUGUAGGCUUCAAGUACUAUGCAGUUAUUGCCUACAAUCCCUACGUGAAACAGUCUAAGAAUGUGUACGACAAACCCAAUGGAAAGUACAAUGCCAAGCUGAAGAAGUACAAAGCCUACGAGGAGAAGGCAAAAUUCGCACCUUAUCUCAUGUACAUUCCAGUGCCACCACCUCAACAGGUACCUCCCUAUGGCUUCGUGAGCCAGAAGGCUCAGGUGAGCAAAUCCUGAAAAUUGCCAGAAAUUGUGACUGAUUGUUAGUUUUUUUUGUGUUGGAAAAAUGCCGCGGAGCACAAUCGACCACUCUUUCAAACGCAAGAAACUCUCUUUGGUGAGAGUUACCCAGCAAAAAAAGUAAAUAAAAAGAAAAAUGUUUCCAUCUAUUAUUACAGAAUAAUACUGUGUAAAUAAAAUUACGAUGUAAAAUUGAUAAAAA